AUGACGAACUUCACCCAGAAGUGCUGGGGGCGGAGCAACGGGGAGCGCAUCUACGACGCGCUGCGCCUGCCGGCCCUCAAGGCGCACUUCGGCUGGCGGCCCUACGAGGAGCGGGAGAAGAAGGCCUUCUUUGUUCGCCAGCUGCUGUGGGAGCUGCUCUCGGUGGAGACCCGGCCGGAGGUGGGCGAGCUCGCGAAGCAUCUCACCUCCCUCACGCUACGACGCAUGGCGUUUGAGAUGGUCUUUUUACAGUCGAUGGAUUACAUCCAUCGCGUGCAGGUCGUGUACGAAAAGUUGGGGAGGCCGACUGUGAGUGAACUACGCUCGCUCAACUUGUUAUAG